UAUGGAAUAUGUGGAGAAUGUAAUGAACCUGGGACUGGUGGUCAUUGGUGUCGACCUUGUAAUGCUAAAAGAUUUAAAGAAAAUUUUAAAAAUUGGACUAGCGGAAAUGAUUAUGUUGAUGAAUUGAUACAACAUGCUCAACUUGACGCUGUAUAUCAUAAAAAAUGUCUUGAAUGGAUACCUUUUAAGAAUUUUGAAGAUGUCACUUAUAUUACCAGAGGCGGUUAUGGUAAAAUUUUUUCUGCUAGAUGGCCUGAGGGUUAUAUCUAUUCUUGGGAUAUUGAAAAUAAAAGAUGGGAAAGGAUAAGACUUAAUAAAUUUGCAUUAAAGAGUUUAGAUGAUUCUUCUUGUAUAAGUACAGAAUUUUUAAAUGAGAUUAAAUCUCAUCUUCAAAUUUAUCUUUAUGAUGUUAUUCCCUGUUACGGGAUAACGCAAGAUCCAGAUACUAAAGAUUAUAUGAUGGUUU